CAUACCUAACCUCAACAAUCAAAAAGAAACCAGUGUCAACAGUGACCAGUAUAAAAAUUUGUGUACAAAAUGAUGAACAAACUGAAACGUUACGAAAAAAUUGAGUUCCUUGGUGAGGGUCAGUUCGCCACAGUUUACAAAGCGAAAGACGUGGAAACUGAUAAUAUUGUGGCUGUGAAGAAAAUCAAAAUAGGAAGCAGGCAAGAAGCACAGGAUGGCAUAAAUCGAACGGCGUUACGUGAAAUAAAACUGUUGCAAGAAUUACACCACAAAAAUUUGAUUGGACUGUUGGAUGUGUUCGGUCACAUGUCUAAUGUAUCACUUGUUUUUGAUUUUAUGGAUACAGACUUGGAAGUUAUUAUCAAGGAUAAUACUAUUAUCCUCACCACUGCGAAUGUUAAAUCGUACAUUUUGCAGACGUUACAAGGCUUAGAAUAUCUGCAUCUGAACUGGAUACUACACAGAGAUUUGAAGCCAAAUAAUUUACUGGUUAAUGCUGCUGGGGUACUUAAGAUUGGUGAUUUUGGUUUGGCAAAACUUUAUGGUUCCCCUAACAGAAUUAAUACCCAUCAGGUUGUAACUCGGUGGUACAGAGCUCCUGAAUUAUUGUUUGGUGCUAAGCAGUACAGUACUUGUAUUGACAUGUGGGCUGUGGGUUGUAUAUUAGCUGAACUAUUAUUAAGGGUACCAUUAUUCCCAGGAGAGUCUGAUUUGGACCAACUAACAAAGAUAUUUGGUGUUUUUGGCAAUCCUACAGAAGAAAAUUGGCCUGGAUUAAAAACUUUGUCAGAUUAUAUAGAAUUUAAACCUUUUACUCCCAUUCCCCUGAAAAACAUAUUCACAGCAGCUGGUGAUGAUUUGCUGGAUGUUUUAGAGGGAUUACUUGUUUUAAAUCCAAUAAAGAGGAAGGAGUGUUCAGAAUGUUUACAAAUGCCAUUCUUCAGCAACAAACCAGCUCCUACAGUUGGAUCCAAAUUACCACUACCUCAAAAUAUUAGGAAAACCAAAGAUGAUAAACCAUCCCUGAAGAGAAAAUUAUUGGAUGCUGCUGAAGGAGGGACUUUAUCUAAAAGAUUAUUUUUCUAGGGUUAUUUAAUUGUCUUGAAUUUAUAUUUGUUCAAUGUUUGAGCACUUUAUUACAAUAAUAUAAUUGUUAUUUUUGUA